UUUAGCUAUUAGAACGAAUAAUUUAUAUGAAUAUCAAAAUAUUUAUAUAGUUACAUAAUUAUUUUUUUAAAUAUAUAAGAUAAUAAAAUUUGAAAACUAUUAAGAAAAUAUUGUUAAAAAUGACCCAAUCUCAACAAGUGAUCGAAGAGUUAUAUGACUGUUAUACAAAAACUGCUGCUAAUAUUAUUGCAUACUAUGAUGAUAAUGAAAGAAAGAAUAAAUUAAAAGAAUUAAGAGAUAUAGUAGAAAAUAACUGUAUUCAAAAUAAAAAAUUAAAAUCAACAGAGAUCAUAAAAAAAAGAUUAUUAAGUUUAUAUAAUGAUGAUGAUGAUGAUAGUGUUGAACAUAAUAUUGAAACUACCAUGAAUGAAUAUAAACAAGCCAUAACUGAAAUUGAUAAAAACGUGGAAAAUGAUAAUAACCUAAAGGAAUUUGAUAAGCAAGUAGAAGCAUUAUUAGAUAGAGUAGUACAGAAAGAAAAUAAUGCAGAUGAAGAACUACAACUUACAGGAGGCUAUAUAAAUAUAAUUGAUCCAAUUUCUAAAAAAAGAAUUGUAGAUCCUGUGAAGAAUACUAUAUGUGGUCAUACUUAUGACAGAGAAAGUAUUACGCAAUUAUUGAAACUUAAUAAAAAAACAAGAUGUCCUGUUAUAGGCUGCAAAAGUAUAGAAUUUGUAACACUUAAACAUCUUCGUAUAGACAUUUUAACAAAAACAUAUCUUGAAAAAAACCCAGAAUAAAUACUUGUGACAAAUU